GAAUUCCUUAAAAUAAAAAAGCAGCAUUGUUGCAAUAUUUGUUUUCAAUACUAAAAUUAAAUAAUUUAUAAUUUUCAAUCACAAAAUACAGUUUUUAACUUUUGUUUUUAUAAAAAAAAGAAUUAAAAAUGCAUGAUUAUGCACAAAAUAGCAAACAAUUGUUUUGGAAUCGUAAAAUGAUCGAAAUGUUUAUAGACCUUUAUAGGGAGAAUGCAUGUUUGUACGACAAGUGCCACCAAGAUUAUAAUAAUAAAAGAGUAAAGGCCAAUGUCUUGGAAAGUAUGCUAACAAAAAUGCGUAAAUUUUUACCCACGUUGGAAUUGGUAGAUAUACAAGAUAAAAUUAAAGUUAUUCGUGCUCAAUUUAGUGAGGAGGUUACAUUUGCUGAUGCAGCCGGAGUUGGGUAUGUUCCACAAUUAUGGUGUUUUGAGAAGCUGAAAUUUUUGCGUGAACAUCUAACAUGUUGGCCAACAGAUGAUACUGAUUCAAAUGAGGAAAACGCAAUUGGAGAAGAAAAUCAUUCUGAAAAUAGUGAUGAUGAUAGUGAUGAUUUCCAUCUUUACCUUACAACAAUUCUAGACAAAUAUAAAUCUGAACCAAAAUAUAGGUGGGAUCCAGUCGUUACUAAGAUUUUUAUUAAUAUUCUUGAAGGAUAUCAAAUACUAUUGGAUCCGAAUUACAGCGACUUCAAACACCGGAUAUUAAGAAGAAAAGCCCUAUGUAAACUUCAGAAAGAAAUGAAAAAUGUUGAUCCAAAAAUUAAUAUAAAACAUAUAUAUGAUAAAAUAGUACAUCUUCGAAGAUGUUAUUUAAAUGAAUUGGAUCGUUUAAAGAAAAAGCAAACAAAUAAAAAUGAAAAAAUAACUUCAAAGUGGUGGUGUUUCGAUAUGUUGACUAAGUUAUAUAAGAACAGAUAUGGUGCAUAUACUAACUCUAAUAUAAAAGAGGUAAAUGAUAACCAAAUAGAAAAUAAUAUAUCCUCAAUGCAGCAAGUGGAAGAAACUCCUAAUAAUGAUCACAAUGAAUUAUUGGAAUUUGAAGAAAUACAACAAGUUUUUGAUACUGAUCCAGAAAUGCAAACAGUAUUAAUUAUGGACACAUUAAAAACACCAUGGAAUAUGAAUGUGUAAAUAUUUCUAUGGGCGACGAUACGAAUAACAUAGAACCAACAACAAACUGUAUUAACGAAGAAUACUGUGAUUAUAAUGAAACGGAUCUAAAAGUAAUAAACACUCAAAAUACUAUGGAGUAUGAAUGUGUAAAUGCUUCCAUCGAUGACACUACAAAAAACAUACAACUACCAACAGCAAAUUGUAUUAACUCAGAUAAUAUAACAGACUGUAAUGUAACUAAAAUAUCUGUCAUUAAUAAGUAUAGCCCGAUAAAUAUAGAAACUGAUAUGAAAUGUGAAUCACUUGGCACUUUAGUUACAACAAAAUUAAAAGAAAUCUCACCAAAAUACCAUGCGGAUUUCGUAUGGGAUGUACAAUGUCUAGUACGGAAAUAUAUUUUGAAAAGUAGAGCGCAGAAAGAUGAAGAAACCUGCUCAGCAUCAGUAUCUGUCAAUAAUAAGCAGAAAACAACAGGUAUGACGCGCGAUAUUGUUCUAUCUCGUUCUUCCAAUGUGUCAAUUAAUGUAAGUUUUGUGUAAUCUUAGAGUUAAGAAUUUCUGAAUGAUACAAAAGUUGUUUUAAUAAAAAAGUUAAUUUUUUAGUGUAUUUUUUUGAAAA